GUUUGGUGGGCUGGCUGGAUGGAUGGCUGGUGCUACAAGCAAUAUUGUUGCUCAAGGAUCUGUAUCUACAAUAAGGUUGGCCCACAAUAUAUAUACUAAAUAUGUGUUGUGGUGCAACAGUUCAAAAUAUUAAAUCGGGCGCGCGCGGCGUGAGAUGUGUUAAAUGCAAUUAACAACGGCUGGCUGUGAAUUUUUUUAGAACUUCCUUCCACCAAUCAGCAACUGGCCCCGGCCCCCUGCUCCCUCUCUCUCUCUCUUUCUCUCUCUUUCCCACUCUCUCUUUCUGUCCUUCUCUCUUGCUCUGUCUUUCUGUCUAUCUUUAUCUCACUCAUCACAUACAGCAUUGUCGUGAACUGUUGUGCGAAUUUGUCGAAUGUGAAAUUUCAAUUGUUGUAUUAAUACAAGUUGCCGCUGCAAUAUGGGCACUAUAUCAUCCGUACUGCAAUGGUCGUGCGCCAAAUGCAAUACCAUCAAUCCGACCGAAUCAUUAAAGUGUUUCAAUUGUGGCACUGUGCGUAAGGUAUUUCCCAGCCCUACCGCAACAAUCUAUCAGCAAACGACACAAUCGCGUUCUCAGCCAUCGCGACACCAAAGCAGUUGGAUACAUCAGCAGCAGCAGCAGCAGCAACAGCAACAACAACAGCAGCAGCAGCAAUAUCAACAUCGUCAGCAACGACAUCACGAAAACCUGGUUGCAGGCUCUGCAGAGCUGGCCGCCGAGUGUGAUGAGGAGGAGGUCGCGACAAUUGUUGAUAAGCACAAAGCUGUGACCAGCACACAUGAGGCAGCAACUGGCUUGGCGUCGACACCGGCCAGCAGCAGCAGCAACAGCAAUCGCCUCAUUGUUCAAGCGGCGCGCAACGACAAUAAACCGCAAUCGAUGCUUCUGCAAGGCAGCCGCAAGAUGUGGACAUGCGGCAAAUGUUCCUAUGCCUACAAUCGUCUCUGGUCCGAAUCCUGUGAGAUGUGCGAGACAUUAGCCAAGCAGCAGCAACAGCAGCAGCAGCAGCAACAGCAGCAGCACCAGCACCAGCAGCUGCAGCUGCAUCAGGCGGAGCUACCAGCAUCCAGUAUUGCUGUGGAGCCACGCAACGAUGAGCCCUGGACAUGCAAGAAGUGCACCCUGGUCAACUACUCAACGGCAAUGGCCUGCAUCGUCUGCGGCGGCUCCAAGCUGAAGAGCAUCUCCUCGAUCGAGGACAUGACACUGCGCAAAGGUGAAUUCUGGACCUGCAGCCAUUGCACACUGAAGAAUUCGCUCUCCGUCGGCCUGUGCAGCGCCUGCAAAUCGAUGCGUUUGCUGCCAGUCGAUUCGAUACGCGAACGACCCGAUGGCCAGUCCUAUGAAGAGCAGGAUCCGGCGGCUGGCAGUCAGACGGCGGGUGAACUGAAUACGCCGACGGCGACGCCAACGCAGCUGCAAUUGCCGCCAGUGGCGCAUCGCAAUUCGCGCAGUCCCUCGCCCAGAUCGGCAGCGGGAGCAGCCGCUGCAGUGGGCGGGCCGGCAGCAGGAGCAGCGGCAGCAUCAGCAGCCGCCGCAGCAGCAGCAGCGGCUGCRAUCCAGCUGCAACAGCAACAGCAGCUGCAGCAGCAGCGCAGCUCCUCGGGCGCCAUACCGAAGCGUCACAGCACCGGCGGCUCAAUAGUGCCACGGAACAUAUCGAUGGCCAUGCCUGCUCCCACAGCCAGCUCAUCCUACAAUCUGCAGCAGCAGCAGCAGCAACAGCUGAUCCUGCCGGGCAGUUCGAUCAAGAAAUGGCAGUGUCCCGCCUGCACCUAUGAGAACUGCGCUGCAUCUGUUGUCUGUGACAUUUGCUCGAGUCCGCGAGGCCUGAUGCAGGCGGUGCUCAGCGAAGCGCUCGCCCGCAAAUCGAUGCGCAUCACGGCGCUGGGCACCGAAAUACGCCAGGAGAGCAAACUAAUGGAGAAUCUGCGCCAGCUGGAGGAGACAGAGGCACUAACCAAAUGGCAGAAUAUCAUACAAUAUUGCCGGGACAAUAAUGAGCUGUUCGUCGACGAUUCGUUUCCGCCGGCCCCGAAGAGCUUGUACUACAAUCCGGCGAGCAGUGUGACCGAUGGCGGCAACCCGGUGGUGCAAUGGCGUCGGCCACACGAAAUCAAUUGCGAUGGCGGCGCAUAUCCGCCGUGGGCCGUGUUCCGUACACCAUUGCCGUCGGACAUCUGUCAGGGUGUCCUGGGCAAUUGCUGGCUGCUGAGCGCCCUGGCUGUGCUGGCGGAGCGCGAGGAUCUGGUGAAGGAGGUGCUGGUGACCAAAGAGAUCUGCGCCCAAGGCGCCUACCAGGUGCGCCUCUGCAAGGAUGGCAAAUGGACCACGGUCCUGGUGGAUGAUCUGUUGCCGUGCGACAAGCGCGGCCACCUGGUCUACUCGCAGGCCAAGCGCAAGCAGCUCUGGGUGCCGCUCAUUGAGAAGGCAGUGGCCAAAAUUCAUGGCUGCUACGAGGCACUCGUCUCGGGACGGGCCAUCGAGGGCCUGGCCACGUUGACGGGCGCACCCUGCGAGAGUAUACCGCUGCAGGCCAGCUCACUGCCGAUGCCCAGCGAGGAUGAGCUGGACAAGGAUUUGAUAUGGGCUCAGCUGCUGAGCUCGCGUUGUGUACGCUUCCUGAUGGGCGCCAGUUGUGGCGGCGGCAACAUGAAAGUGGAUGAGGAGGAAUAUCAGCACAAGGGUUUGCGUCCACGGCACGCCUACUCGGUGCUGGAUGUUAAGGAUAUACAGGGACAUCGAUUGCUGAAAUUACGCAAUCCCUGGGGCCAUUAUUCGUGGCGCGGCGAUUGGUCCGACGACUCGGGCUUGUGGACGGAUGAUUUGCGCGAUGCCCUAAUGCCGCAUGGCGCCUCCGAAGGCGUCUUCUGGAUCUCGUUCGAGGAUGUGCUAAACUACUUCGAUUGCAUUGACAUUUGCAAAGUGCGCUCCGGCUGGAACGAGGUGCGUCUGCAGGGCACUCUGCAGCCCCUCUGUUCCAUUUCAUGUGUCCUGCUCACCGUGCUGGAGCCUACCGAAGCGGAAUUCACGCUCUUCCAGGAGGGUCAACGCAACUCGGAGAAAUCACAGCGCUCCCAAUUGGAUCUCUGCGUUGUCAUCUUUCGCACACGUUCACCGGCAGCGCCAGAGAUUGGACGACUGGUCGAGCAUAGCAAGCGACAGGUUCGCGGCUUUGUCGGCUGUCACAAGAUGCUGGAGCGGGAUAUCUAUUUGCUAGUGUGUCUGGCCUUCAACCACUGGCACACGGGCAUCGAGGAUCCGCAUCAGUACCCGCAAUGCAUAUUGGCCAUACACAGCUCCAAGCGUUUGCUGGUGGAGCAAAUAACGCCUUCGCCUCAUUUGCUGGCGGAUGCGAUCAUUAGCUUAACCCUGACCAAGGGCCAAAGGCAUGAGGGACGCGAAGGCAUGACGGCCUACUAUUUGACCAAGGGCUGGGCUGGUUUGGUGGUCAUGGUCGAGAAUCGGCAUGAGAAUAAGUGGAUACACGUCAAGUGCGACUGCCAGGAGAGCUAUAAUGUGGUCUCAACGCGUGGUGAACUCAAAACUGUGGAUUCUGUGCCGCCGCUGCAAAGGCAAGUGAUCAUUGUGCUCACCCAACUGGAGGGCAGCGGCGGCUUCAGCAUUGCCCAUCGGCUAACGCAUCGUUUGGCCAAUUCGCGUGGCCUUCACGAUUGGGGUCCGCCGGGCGCCACCCACUGUCCGCCCAUUGAAAAUGUGCACGGGCUGCAUGCGCCGCGCUUGAUAACAUAAUCGAUCACUACAAUGGAGGAGGUGUGGCAUUAGUUCAAAACAAAAGCGUAAAACAAAAACACAAUAUAUAUA